UUGUAGGAAUAAUAACUACUAAGAAAAAUUUUUUAAAUUGUGUCGCAUUCUAGCAUUGUGGUUUUAAUUGGUGUUUGUAUUUGGUUUUAGGGUGGGUCUAUUUUAUUAAUAACAGGUCCUCCAGGAUGUGGGAAGACAACUACUCUAAAAAUACUAUCAAAGGAGCAUGGGAUCCAAGUACAAGAAUGGGUUAAUCCCGUUUUACCAGACUUCCAAAAAGAUGAUUACAAGGAGUUACUUAAUUUAGAUUCAAAAGUCUACAUAGUUCCAUACCAAUCUCAGACAGCAGUCUUCAGUGACUUUCUGUUGAGAGCCACCAAGUACAGCAAACUGCAGAUGCUCGGAGAUGAUCUGACAACUGAUAAGAAGAUAAUUCUGGUUGAAGAUUUACCUAACCAGUUUUAUCGGGAUUCUCAUGCUUUACAUGAAAUUCUAAGGAAAUAUGUGCAGAUUGGCCGGUGUCCUCUUGUAUUCAUAAUCUCUGACAGUGUCAGUGGAGAUAACAAUCAGCGGUUACUCUUUCCCAAAAAGAUUCAAGAGGAGUGUUGUAUUUCAAACAUUAGGAUUAAUGGAGGAAGAGUUGUUGUUCCUGAUAAAUCGUCCCUGGAGUUGCUCUGUCAAGGAUGUUCUGGUGAUAUCCGAAGUGCAAUAAAUAGCCUGCAGUUUUCUUCUUCGAAGGGAGAGAACAGUUUAUGGUCAAAGAAAAAAAGAACGUCACUGAAAUCGGAUGCUGCUGUAUCGAAAUCAAAGCAAAAAAAGAAAUAUAAUAGUGCUUUGGAAAAUCAAGAGAUCCAAGCGAUUGGUGGAAAAGAUGUUUCUCUCUUUCUCUUCAGAGCUUUGGGGAAAAUUCUGUACUCUAAAAGAGCACCUUUAACAGAAUCAGACUCACCCCGCUUGCCUGCCCACCUCUCAGAGCAUGAGCGGGACACCCUACUUGUUCAGCCCGAGGAAAUAGUGGAAAUGUCACAUAUGCCAGGAGACUUUUUUAAUUUAUACCUUCACCAAAACUACAUAGAUUUCUUCGUGGAAGUGGAUGAUCUUGUGAGAGCCAGUGAGUUUCUGAGCUUUGCAGAUGUCCUCGGUGGUGACUGGAAUACACGCUCUUUACUCAGGGAAUAUAGUACAUCUGUAGCUACGAGAGGUGUGAUGCAUUCCAAUAAAUCCCGGGGAUUUGCUCAUUGCCAAGGAGGAGGAUCAAGCUUUCGACCCUUACAUAAACCUCAGUGGUUCCUAAUACAUAAAAAGUAUCGAGAAAAUUGCCUGGCAGCAAAAGCCCUCUUUUUUGACUUCUGCCUACCAGCUUUGUGUCUUCAGACUCAGCUCUUGCCGUAUCUUGCUCUGCUGACCAUUCCAAUGCGAAAUAAAGCUCAGAUUUCUUUUAUCCAAGAUAUUGGAAGACUUCCUUUGAAACAAAACUUUGGAAGGUUGAAAAUGGAAGCCCUGACCGAGCGAGAGCUCAUAGAGCCCGACAGCGAGGAUGAGUUCCCCCGUACUGGAGGGCGGCCUGCACAGGACGCUCAGGGUGAAGCCUCGCAGACUGCUGACCCAGAGCCCUGGUCUCUCCCCCUGAGUCAGAACAGUGGGAGUGACCUGCCUGCUAGCCAGCCACAGCCUUUCUCCUCCAGAGUGGACAUGGAGGAAGAGGAGGAGGAGGAGGACAUCAUAAUAGAGGACUAUGACAGUGAUGGGACUUAGAGAACACCUGUCAAUCAAAGUGCUCCUGGAGAGACUUGUUUUCAGUCAUUCAGGACUACAGAAAUUGGUACUUGAACAGCAUUAACACACUUCUGGUGCAUGGCAAGCCGUUUGCUGAUUGCUCAGUUGUCAUAGAGUUCCUUCCAAGCCGCUGACUUGAGUCAUCCUGAAGUAAAGCAGGGCUCAAGUACGAAGUCUUUAGUAUUUAUUUAGUCUUGUGAAAGCUUUAGGGAGGAGCGAUCACAGUGUGAAGUGUGGUUCUUUCUCAGUGUCCUGCUUAAAUAUCAGAAAAUGUGAAGGAGUAAUCCAGAAAAUAGACUUUAUGGGGUGUUGUAAAUUGAUUUGUAAAACAGUUUAUGAGUAUAAAUAAACUUUGUGCCUUAUUUACAGUUUGCAUGUAACUUCUCAGAUACCGUUUGGUAUGUUGUACAGUGAAAUAUUUUAGAUACUUCUGGAAAAUAUUUACAUAAUUUAUAUAAAAAUUAAAA